UCUAAGCAGCGACAGCGGCCGGACCGGAAGGGAAUUAUCCCACCCGGUGCACCUGCGGUGGGGUUUUAAUAUGUACUCCCAAAUCGUCCCCAUUCGUCUCAUCUCCCUCCCUCAAGUCUUGGGGUACCGAGAUCAAUAACAGGCAAGCUUUUCCCUUUUCUUUUUCUUUUUAUAUUCCCCGGGUGAAUUUUACGUGGUUGUUCAGUUUGUGUUCGGUUCGUCCGCUGGAAUCCUGUGAAGCUUCUCUGGUCUUUUGCUGUUGUCGGCUCUGUGAAGCCUGACCCUAUCUCCUGCGCCUCUCCAAUCCAUAUUAGAUCCGUUGUUCGUUGUCCUUCUCCCUCGCGCCGCGGGCGGGAUCUCGUGGACAUUUGAUCUGGUUACGUUUCCUUGUUCAGGCUGGUGGAGUUCUUUUGGAUCGCAAGUCCUUAUCUUUUUCGCAUCCUGCAUUCUGUGGGGGAUUUAAACGAUUUUUUUUUAUUUUCUUUAUUCGUGUAUGUGAUAUAAAAUUCCUAUUAGCUGCUAAAGUCCUGCACGUAAUAAUAGCAGCAGCAGUCUCGGGAGGACCGUAGGCCGCACACACGCCGUAAGACUAGCGCUCAUGACGAGAACAGCGCCAGGAGGCUCCUCCUCCUCCUCCUCCUCUUCACCCUCGGUGUCCCCCAGGAACCGCCUGAAGUUCCUCUGCAGCUACGGCGGCAAGAUCCUCCCCCAUCCCUCCGACAACCACUUCAGGAACGUCGGCGGCGACACUCGCGUCCUCGUCGUCACACGCUCCAUCUCCUUCUCGGAGCUCAAGGAAAGGAUCCAGGAUAUGUUCCACUGCUGCGUAGCGAUCAAGUACGAGCUGGUGGCCAAGGACGUGGAAGCCCUCGUCUCCGUCACCUGCGACGAGGACCUUGCCUACAUGCUCGACGAGUACGACCGCCUCAACGCGCGGCAACCCCGGUUCCGCCUCUUCCUGUUCCCCUCGCCUUCCUCCAAUCUCGCCGCCGCCAGCGCCACCGCCGACGACCAGCGCCAGGUAGGCGGCGUUCCGGGAAGCCCUUGGCGCCCCAUCUCCGCCGCCUCCUCCUCAGCUACAUCCACCAUCGACGGCCAGGCCUCCAUCCUCGCCCUUCGUCUCAACGCCCUCACCGCCAAUGACGGUGGCCGAGGGACGCAUCGGGUCCGUAGCGCGCCCAACCUGCGAGGCGGCGGAUUGCUGAGCCAGAUCGCCAAAGGUGCCGCUGGCCAGUACCACCACAAUCACCCCGAGCAGCACGUCCUCCGCCGACAGAAGAGCUCUGGGGCAUCAUCGUACGGGUCUCAUGCCGCCGGGGGGAGCCGGGCCCUGAGGGCAUGUGGGGCCAAACUGCGCGAGGUCUGCAGGUGCGGUGGCGGGUGCCGAGUGACGUGGGUGCCGCAGCCGGCGGCGGUGGGCGGUCUCCACUACAGCGACCGGCGAGGCAUGUGCUUUGGGCACGCGGAGGAGUCGUCCUCUCGCCGCUUAUCGAGGUGCAGCUGGCCGCCUCCGAAGCCUGUCAGGUAACGGUAGGCCUUGUAACGUCCACCACUCUGGUUUCUUAAAAACAUGUUCUCUCGAUUUUGGCUUUGUUUUUGUUCUGUGGUGUUAAACGACCAUAUUAGAAAACGUUGUUCUUUUUCUGUUUAUGUUUGUGCGA